CCCGCCUGCCCGCAAUUUCUUCCGCCUGCUGCUUCGCGUAUAGGGUUCCCCCGCCGCCGCGCCCAACCCUCGCCGCCUGCGUUGCUUGUCGGCUUUUUUAUAGCCUCGCUCGUGAGAGAUAGAGGCACACACACCUAUACGCUUGCUUUGAAGUAAGAUGGUCUCGGACACCAGUUCACAACACGUGUUGAGGCUACAGUAGUCUAGAAAAAUUCUUAAAAAAAUACCCUCGAAAUCUACUUCCGAAGGGAAUCGAACCUAGAACCUCCUGCUGAGGCUUCUGGUGACAAGCUGGUCCAGGCCUGUUCGCAAUUUGCUUGUCGGUUAGAGAACAGAGAGUGUUCAGCAGAACUAGUGCUAAUUUAAUUUACCUAGUCCAGUUGAGGAAGGUAAGUCUAGUACUAGAUCGCUAUGGCAGCAAGCAUCGCCGUACGGGAUUGCCGAGCCGUGCUUCGGCCGAAUUGGUGGAUCUGGUAUUGCGAUACUUGAUGUUCUUCUUCCUCCUCCGGUUAUUUCUGUUCGCCGCGAGUUUCGCAUGCGCUUUGUCUCGUCGUGGCUGGGCACGUUGGUGUUGCUUAUUAAUGGAGCUGUACUCUUUGUGCCGCAGGUGUGUUGUUGGGUAUCGUCGGCAGGCACGAUGGAGUUCGGCAGCAAGGACGUGCAGAUGGCCGGGGUGAACGCCGAGCUGGCAUCGAGGGAGGACGCGCUCCCGGCGCUCCUGAUCCAGGUGCCCGCGCAGAGCAUCGCCGGCUUCGACUGCGUCGCCGAGGACGCCACCGUCUCCCUGCAUGAGCUGGACGACAAGGUGGAGGAGCUGCAGGACACGGGGGCCCACAAGGACAUUGUCAUCAGCAUCCCCGCGGCGCCGGCGACGGCGGUGAGCGCUGCAGCGAGGUCGUACGACGACGCGCACGUCCCGUACUCCAUCUCGCUCAGCAUGCCGGCGUCCCCGUCGGGGUUCCACCUGUCGCAGUUCAGGGCGGCGUCGGCCAACCGCGUGGAGGCGCGCGUGGCGCCGGCCGCCAUGCCCGACGGGCUCGUCGUGCACCCGGUGGAGGAACAGCCGGCGGAGGCGCACCUGCACUCCCCGAGGCUGCUGAAGCAGACGCGGUUCCACUCGCAGCCCAUCCUGAACAUGCACCCGUCCAAGAACGCCGACGAGGGCGCGCGGCGGUGCGACAGCACCCGCGACAAGCGGUUCGACUCGUUCAAGACCUUCUCCGGCCGCCUCGAGCGGCAGCUAUCCAACCUGCGCGGCCGCCCGCAGGAGCCCAUCGACGGCAUAUCCCCGGAGUCGGGGAUCUCCGAGGAGACCGACCAGGUCCCCGCCGCUGAUCGCUACUUCGACGCCUUGGAAGGCCCCGAGCUCGACACCCUCAGGGCGACGGAGGUGCCGGUGCUCCCCAAAGACGAGAAGUGGCCAUUCCUGCUGCGGUUCCCGAUAAGCGCGUUCGGUAUGUGCUUGGGCGUGAGCAGUCAGUCGAUCCUGUGGAAGACGCUGGCGUCGGCGCCGCCGACGGCGUUCCUGCACGUGAGCCCCGUGGUGAACCACGUGCUGUGGUACGUGGCGCUGGCGCUGAUGGUGCUCAUCUCCGCCAUCUACCUGCUCAAGGUCGUCUUCUACUUCGAGGCGGUGCGGCGCGAGUUCUACCACCCGAUCCGCGCCAACUUCUUCUUCGCGCCGUGGGUCGCGUGCCUGUUCCUGGUGCUGGGCGCGCCGCGGCUGGUGGCGGAGAUGCACCACGGCGUCUGGUACGGCCUCAUGGCGCCCAUCUUCUGCCUGGAGCUCAAGAUCUACGGCCAGUGGAUGUCCGGCGGGCAGCGCCGGCUGUCCAAGGUCGCCAACCCGUCCAACCACCUCUCGAUCGUCGGCAACUUCGUCGGCGCGCUGCUGGGCGCCAAGAUGGGCCUCCGCGAGGGCCCCACCUUCUUCUUCGCCGUCGGGCUCGCGCACUACAUGGUGCUCUUCGUGACGCUCUACCAGCGGCUCCCCACCAACGUGACGCUCCCCAAGGAGCUCCACCCGGUCUUCUUCCUCUUCGUCGCCCCGCCAAGCGUGGCGUCCAUGGCCUGGGCCAAGAUCAACGGCCAGUUCGACGCCGGCGCACGGAUCGGCUUCUUCAUCGCGCUCUUCCUCUACAUGUCACUGGCCGUGCGGAUCAACUUCUUCCGGGGCUUCCGGUUCUCGCUGGCGUGGUGGGCGUACACGUUCCCGAUGACCGGCGCGUCGGUGGCCACCAUCACCUACGCGACGGAGGUGACCAACGUCCUCACCCGGACGCUCUCCAUCGGGCUCUCCGGCAUCGCCACCGUCACCGUCGCCGGGCUGCUGGUCACCACGGUGUUCCACGCCUUCGUGCUCAGGGACCUCUUCCCCAACGACGUUUCCAUCGCCAUCACACGGAAGAAGCCCAAGUUCAGCAAGAUCCUGGCGCACCUCCGCUCCUCCAGCUCCGACAUGAAGGAGCUCGUGUUCUCGCUCUCCAAGCCGGCGCAGUCCGACGCCGGCGACUCCGAGACCGACCGGUCCGUCACCACCAAGUCCCAAGCCGAACCAUGACUAGCUCAGUCAGGCUCACGGUCUCACGUAUAGCUGCUACUAGAUGCUUAGCUAGCUGUACAUAGCGGAAUUUUUUUUCGUUCUCUUAAUUACGGAGGGGAGAGGGGUCGCCGGAGAAGAAGCGCGCGGAAGAACGCACGCAUCGAUCGACCUGAGCAGUUGGCCGGUCGGCGUGGUUGGAACUGGAUGGUCGGACAUACGACGGCACACACGGGUAUCCUUGGAGCAUUUUGUGAUGAUGAGGAUAUACAUAGUGUGAGGGAAAUAGAUUGGUUAAUUUGUAAAUCUACGGAUAUAUAUGUAUAAUAUAUAUGUAAGUUGUGUGGACUUGAGAGUAAGAAUAAACCAUGAACAUUAAUUAAUUUUUUCUGGCCUUGAAGAUUUGGGGUUGAAGUUUACAGUA